AAUCCGGAUUGCUGGUUCUAGAGUUCGAUCGCAUUUCUCGUUGCUGCUGUUCCACUUAGAAUAAUUGGCAGUGCUUUCCAGCAUGACUCAGGUUUUGUGUUGCAUAUUUGACAUGGAUGGGCUACUCCUCGAUACAGAGAGGAUCUACACCGAAGCCACUCAAGUAUUUCUUGAUAGACAUGCCCCAGGCACGACCUUUACAUGGGAGCUCAAGAGUAAGCUGAUGGGAAGGGGAACACAAGAGUCCGCACGGAUAUUCAUGGACUCAACCGGCAUACAGAUGCCCAUUGAUGAUUUCAUGAACGAGAACAUGGUAAUACAGACUGAACUCUUCGCCACUACAAAGGUGUUGCCGGGGGUGGAGCGCUUGAUACGCCACCUGCAUGAGCACAACAUCCCCAUGGCGGUAGCAACAUCCUCGCCCCGUUCGAAAAUUAUUGGGCUAUUCGAUUCCAUAACAUGCGGGGAUGACGCAGGGGUUGAAAAAGGAAAGCCUGCACCUGAUAUCUUUCUCGAGGCCCACAGGAAGCUCGGCCACCAUUCACCCGAACAUUGUCUUGUAUUUGAAGACGCCUUGAGUGGCAUUGAGGCGGCAAGGAAUGCGAAAAUGCGAGCCAUUUGGAUACCAGAUCCAAAUUUGCUCGCUUUGCCACGGGAGGAAGAGUUUGUGGAACCGACAGAAACCUUAACUUCAAUGGAGGACUUUGACCCAUCUAAAUAUGGAUUACCACCUUGGGGGUGCUCGUGCGCCGGGAGAGCAUUAGAAACAUAGGAAAGGUGUGGGAUGAUGGUAGGCAGGUGACCAGCCCCUUAGGAUGAUGGCCCAGCUGGAGGGACUGAGACUGUGCAGCGGACCCGGAACUGGGGAUUGUAGCCCCGUUUGGUCUGAUAUACUACCC